AUGAUCCCUACAUCAUCCACACUGCUCUACAACUCAUCGAACGAGAUAUGGUCGGGAAGUAUGCAUCUUGUUGUGAUUGAGGGAGAGAAGAAGAAGAAGGAGGAGGAGGAGGUGGUGGUGGUGGAGGAGGCGCAAUACUGCCUAUGA